AUGCCAGGCCAGGUUCUUGAUGGGCCAAACCCGAGGCCACCGCCGUCCCAUUUACCAGACUCAGUGGACGAGCUCAGGGUCCAACUUCAAACAGUCAAGCUGGAUGACAAUGUCCGUCGAUCCUUGGAGAAAUUUCGUCGAGCUACAGACUACAUUGCUGCGGCUAUGAUAUUUCUCCAGAGCAAUGCCUACCUGAAGCGCCCGGUUAAGCCUGAAGAUAUCAAACCCCGACUGCUAGGUCAUUGGGGCACCUGUCCCGGUCUGAAUCUCGUGUAUUCCCAUCUCACCUACUUGAUACGAUCCCAUGACUUGGAUAUGCUGUUUGUCACCGGGCCUGGGCAUGGCGCACCUGCGAUCCUCGCCUCACUCUGGGUUGAAGGGUCAUUGGGAAAGUUUUACCCUAAAUACGCCAACGACACCAACGGGCUCACGAAGUUGAUCACCCAGUUCAGUACCACUGGCGGAUUCCCCAGCCACAUCAAUGCGGAGACACCGGGAGCUAUACAUGAAGGUGGCGAACUUGGAUAUGCCUUAGCCGUCUCGUUUGGGUCUGUAAUGGAUAACCCAGACCUGAUAACGGCUGUUGUCGUAGGUGAUGGGGAGGCCGAGAGCGGCCCGUGUACAGCGAGCUGGAAUGGUAUCAAAUACAUCGAUCCUGCAGAGUCAGGGGCUGUUUUGCCGAUUCUUCAUCUCAACGGAUUUAAGAUUAGCGAGCGGACUAUCUACGGGUGUAUGGAUGAUAGAGAACUUGUCUCAUUGUUUUCCGGUUUCGGCUACCAGACACGAAUCGUGGAGGGCUUGGAUGAUAUUGAUACCAACCUGAAUAGCUCGUUAGAAUGGGCACUAGCAGAAAUCCGUAGGAUCCAAAAGGCCGCCCGGUCUGGAAGCCCAAUCAUGAAACCCCGGUGGCCAAUGUUGAUCUUGCGAACCCCCAAAGGUUGGACAGGGCCAAAGAGCAUCCAUGGAAAGAUCGUGGAGGGUUCCUACGCAGCGCAUCAAGUACCGCUGCCAGAAGCCGGAAAGGACAGCGAGGAGCUCCAAGCGUUACAGGAAUGGCUUUCUUCAUAUAAGCCUGAAGAGUUGUUCAACGAGCACGGAGACGUGAUUGACGAUAUCAAAUCGAUCCUUCCCGGGAAAGACUCAAAGCGGAUGGGUCAACGUAAAGAGGUGUGUGACACUUUUGAAAAACUCAAAAUGCCAGAUUGGAGACGUUACACAGUCCCAAAGGGGUCCCAAGAAAGUUCCAUGAAAACGAUCUCUCAUUUUAUGGGCCAGAUCCUGGUGGAUAACCCGCAUUCUAUGCGAAUUUUCUCCCCAGACGAGCUGGAGAGUAACAAACUUGGUGCCGUGUUGGAGAAAACGGGUCGAAAUUUUCAAUGCGAUCAGUUUUCUAAUGCCCAGGGUGGGCGGGUAAUUGAAGUACUAAGCGAGCACAUGUGCCAGGGUUUCCUCCAGGGAUAUAGUUUGACAGGACGGACAGGUAUAUUCCCGUCUUACGAGAGCUUCCUAGGGAUCAUCCAUACAAUGAUGGUGCAGUACUCGAAGUUCAACAAAAUGGGGAUGGAAACCAACUGGCGCCGCGCUUUACCUAGUAUUAACUAUAUCGAGACAAGCACCUGGGCACGCCAGGAGCAUAACGGGUUCUCCCACCAGAAUCCAUCGUUUAUCUCCGCGGUGUUAAACUUGAAGCCCAAUGCUGCUAGAGUGUAUCUGCCACCGGACGCAAAUACAUUUCUCUCAACUUUGUCUCAUUGUCUGCAAUCUAAGAAUUAUAUCAACCUUAUGAUUGGGUCAAAGCAGCCGACUCAAAUAUAUCUCAGUGCAGAGGAGGCGGAGAGCCAUUGCCGAGCUGGGGGUUCGGUCUGGGGCUUCGCAAGCACAGAUGACGGUUUAGAUCCAGACGUCGUGCUGGUCGGCAUCGGGACCGAAGUCACCUUCGAGGUUAUCCACGCAGCAUCCAUACUAAGAAAAGUGGUACCUGACCUCCGUGUCCGAGUGGUAAACGUUACGGAUCUCAUGAUUCUUGGGUCAGAGCGAAGCCAUCCGCACUCACUCUCGGAUGAAACUUUUGAUGCUCUGUUCACUGCCGACCGUCCAGUCCAUUUUAACUACCACGGAUAUGAAACAGAGCUAAAGGGAUUACUCUUUGGUAGGCCUCGUGUUGACCGUAUCAGCAUAGCUUGUUACAUGGAAGAGGGUUCUACUACCACUCCAUUUGACAUGAUGCUGCUCAAUAGGGUAUCGCGAUUCCAUGUUGCCAAAGCAGCCGUUCUAGGCGCCUCGAGGCGCAACGAAAAGGUAAGAAUCCGGCAGCAGGAGCUUCUCGCCGCAUUUGAGCAUGAGAUCCGAAGCGCAAGGAAGUACAUUAUCGAGAACCAUAAAGGUGAGUCCAGUUCUCCCCUCUUUAGCUUGGAUCUUUUGAGCAGCAGGUCCAUUGACGAGACUGCAUGUUAG